AUGGAAGAUAGCACCAAUACAAUCAUACCCUCGCCCACGGACGUGGGAGCGCUUGCCAACAGGAUCAACUUCCACACCAGGGAUGCCCACAACAAGAUCAACACGUUCAUGGGCAUAAGGAUGGCUAUUGCCAUGAGGCACGGCUUUAUAUACAGACAGGGAAUCCUGGCAUAUUACUACGUGUUCGAUGCGAUCGAGCAGGAGAUAGACCGCCUGCUGCACGAUCCUGUGACGGAGAAGGAGCUGCAGACGUCAACUAUCUUGAAGCAGUUCUGGCUCGAGGAUUUUAGAAGAUCCACGCAGAUCUAUAAGGACUUGAAGCUACUAUACUCAAACUUGUUCAAAAGUACAGAGUCGCUGAACGAGUUUCUGGCCAAGUUCGAGAAGCCACCGCUAUUGCAACAGUUUGUCAACGACAUCCACGAGAACAUACGUAAGGAGCCUUGCACCAUCCUUUCCUACUGUCACGUCCUCUACCUGGCGCUUUUCGCCGGCGGCAAGCUAAUACGAUCGAAUUUGUAUAGAAGAUUGGGGCUCUUCCCCAACUUCGAGAGGCUAUCGCAAAAGGAGUUGGUCAAGAAGGGUACUAACUUCUUCACCUUCAGCGAUCUUGGCCCCACUGAAGAGACGCGGUUGAAGUUGGAGUACAAGAAGAACUACGAGUUGGCCACCAGAACAGAACUGACGGAGGCGCAAAAGUUGCAGAUCAUUAGUGUCGCGGGAGGCAUUUUCGACUGGAACUUCCACAUCGUCGCAGAAAUUGGAGAGUUGAACCGUCGCGAGUUGAUGGGCAAGUUUAGCUUCAAAUGUGUCACGUAUGUGUACGAAGAAUGGAUGUCUGAUAAAGACUCCGCCUUCAGGAAGGCCUUCAACACUGCCAUGCUGCUGAUGCUCUCCAUUAUCGCGGUCUGGGUUAUUUACCUACUGGUAAAGAAGAAUUUUCUUAGCAUAGUAUAA